UCCUUCUUCCACCUGCUCUUGGCUUGCAGAACAUAGCUCGCUUAACCAAAGAGAUGGAGUUUCCGGACGUGAGCGGCUCCUGGCUCAGCAAAGAAUGCACAGCAUGAUCAGCUCAGACGUGAAGUCAGAAGUACCGGUGAGGUUAGAACCGAUCACACCAUUAGACUUGCGAACAGAUCUCAGGAUGAUGGUUCCCAUGGUGGACCCAAUUCUGCGGGAAAAGCAGCUGCAGCAGGAACUGCUACUUAUCCAGCAGCAGCAGCAGAUUCAGAAACAGCUUCUCAUUGCAGAAUUUCAGAAACAGCAUGAGAACCUGACCCGACAGCACCAAGCACAGAUCCAGGAGCACAUAAAGUUACAACAGGAACUCUUGGCCAUUAAGCAACAACAAGAACUCCUUGAAAAAGAACAGAAGCUGGAGCAACAGAGGCAAGAACAGGAACUGGAACGGCAUCGCAGGGAGCAGCUUCCUCCAAUCAGAAGCAAAGAAAGAAGCCGAGAAAGAGCAGUGGCCAGUACAGAAGUUAAGCAGAAACUUCAGGAGUUCCUAUUGAGUAAAUCAGCAACAAAAGACUCUCCAGCCAAUGGGAAGAACCAUUCCAUUAGCCGACACCCUAAGCUUUGGUACACGGCUGCCCACCAUACCUCAUUGGAUCAAAGUUCUCCACCCCUUAGUGGGACAUCUCCUUCCUACAAAUACACAUUACCAGGAGCACAAGACGCCAAGGAUGAUUUCCCACUUCGCAAAACAGCCUCAGAACCCAACUUGAAAGUUCGCUCCAGGUUAAAACAAAAAGUAACAGAAAGAAGAAGCAGUCCUUUACUCAGAAGGAAGGAUGGAACAGUGGUUGGCACAUUCAAGAAGAGACUGUUCGAAGUCACAGAAUCAUCAGUCAGUAGCAGUUCCCCAGGAUCAGGUCCUGGUUCACCAAGUAAUGGUCCUUCUGGAAAUACAGAAAAUGAAACCCCCGUGUUACCAUCUAAUUCCCAGGCUGAGCAUUUGGUUCCACAACAACGCAUUCUUAUGAAUGAAGAAUCAAUGAACCUUUUGAGUCUCUAUACAUCCCCCUCUUUGCCCAACAUCACUUUGGGACUUCCAGCGGUUCAGCCUCAACUCAGUGCUUCGUCGUCAUCAUUCAAAGAAAAACAGAAAUGUGAAACACAGACAGUCAGAUCAGGAGUGGUUUUGCCUGGACAGUACAGGGGAAGCAUCUCUUCACCUUCGGCCCCUCAGCCCAUCGUUCUAGAGGGAAAGCCAAAUAGCAGCCACCAGGCUCUUCUCCAGCAUUUGUUACUAAAAGAGCAAAUGAGGCAGCAAAAACUCCUUGCUACAGGUGGGGUCCCUCUUCAUCCACAGUCACCUCUGGCAACAAAGGAAAGAGUCUCACCAGGCCUCAGAGUUGCACACAAGUUGCCUCGGCACAGGCCGCUGAAUCGAACCCAGUCAGCUCCACUGCCUCAGAGCACUUUGGCUCAGCUUGUAAUUCAGCAACAGCAUCAGCAGUUCCUGGAGAAGCAGAAACAGUACCAGCAACAGAUCCACAUGAACAAAAUGCUUUCUAAAUCAAUUGAACAGUUAAAGCAGCCUGGCAGCCUAGAAGAAACGGAAGAAGAACUCCAUGGAGAGCAUCCUAUGCAGGAAGAAAGAGCGCCCUCUGUGGCCAGCAGCAUUAGGGAUGACAGCAGUAGUAUUUCUUUGGACGACAGACUGGAACAGCCUUUGGGGGCUGUGAAGGUAAAAGAGGAGCCACGGGACAGUGAUGACGAUAUUCAAACUCAGCAAAUGGAAUCUGGGGAGAAGGCUGCUUUUAUGCAACAGAGAUAAAUUGAAUUGCGUUUUAUUAGCGUUCAGCGGAUAUAGCAAAGGCAGAGACGUGUUCGCAGCCUCAACAUAGUGAGAAAGUGCUUGUUAAAUCAACGAACACUCGUUGCUGUGUAAGCCUUUGGGUUAUGCUUAGAACUUGUAUUAGCUCAAAUGGAUUCUACCACAUUAGUUAGUUCUAGUGACAUGGAACUCAUUGUUGUAUGGAUUUAUUGUGGAAAUCAGCUCGGUCAGACCCAAGAACUGCUUUCUCUCUCUC